GAUCACCUUCCAUGCCGCAAGAUGCUGUGCCUGGACCGCCGGGCUCUCUUCCUUCCUACCCUCCUCUCCCUCCUUUUCGCUCCCUCUUCUGGAUUUUUUGGCUGGCUGAGGCAGGGAGCAGCUCCAGAAAGAGACCCCAUCCCCCCGACACCAGCGCCGGACUCAAGGAGUCUCCCUAAUGCUCCCUUUGAGAUGACGACGGGGGAUGAGCGAUUCCUGGCUGAGGCCAGGCACCUGGAUCUGUCUCCACUGGACUCUUGUCACCACAAGGUUAUUGCCCAGAUCCACUCCUCCUGUACGGACCUGACGGAAGAGGAACUGGCCAAGCUGGGGGUGUCCCUGUUCAACUGCCAAGCGAGCGUGGAGGGGCGCAGGACCUAUCCCUGCACUGCCGACAUGCCCCUCGCAGAAUGUACCGCUGACAUGGACCCCGACACCUGGAACGCCUACCACAUCGUCAGCAACCGGGCCCGCGCCGUCUGCUACUCCACCCGCCAGAUGCAGUUCAAGCGCCGGACGGAGCACACGGUCAACACCCUGGUCUCCGCCGCCAUGAGUCAGCUGGAGGCCAUGAGGCUUCUGAAGGACGGCCAGGAGGAACUGAAAGAGCUGACAGCAGAGUCCCUGCACAAGGUGGUGAGCAGCCAGCAUGAGCUGCUGCUCCAGCAGGAAAAGCUGCAGGGCGGCCAGGAGGAGAUGGAGUCCUCCAUCCACAGCAACCUGGAGCAGCUGACUCAGGAGAAGGCCUUGAUUGCCAGCGGGCAGCAGCAGGUGGCUCAGCUCAUUGAGGGCAUCACCAAGAGGAUGGAGAACGUGAGCACCCACCUAGAUGACCAGGACUUGGAGCUGCAGCAAGGACACAGAGCCAUCCUCACCGACCUCACCCAGAUGCAAAGGCGAGCCCAGGAGGUCUACUCCAAAAUAGAGGCCGACCUGGCGCUGUUCCUGGCCUAUCAGAACCAGACAGCCCUGUACUACGACGAGCUGAUGGGGAAGCUGCACAGGAUGAACCAGAGCCUGGGCCUGGUGCUCUACGCCGUGGGUCACAUGCAGAGCAGCGUGGAGGGCCGGCUGCUGCACAUCCAGAGAUUCAUUGGCUGGGCAGGAGUCAGCCUCGGCGCCGCCUGCACCUGCGUCCUGCACGCUGCCUACUUCCUGCUCUCGGCUCUGCUCAUGACCUUCCUGCAGACCCCGGGCCUGCCCCGCGCCGUGCUCCUGGUCCUGGUCAUCUCCAACGCGCUCUCCGAGCUCAACCACGCCGUCUCCCUGGGCUUCACGUCCCUCACGCUCUUCCUGGUGCUCGUCGUCGCCGGUAACUGGCUGCUGGCGAGCGUGUGCUGCUGCGCCCGGAGCGCGAGGGGCCGGAAGCUGCCUCUGGCGCUCUCGCCGACUCCCCAGAGGGCAGCGGGGGCCAGCAGCCCCGAAGCAGAGCUCAAGGAUGGUCCCCGCUGUCAUAUCACCUCCACCCCUGACAGGGAGUGUGAAAUCGGCCUCUUGCAGGAAGAGCUGAACAAGCUGGAGAUGAGCUACCUGCAGGACGACUCCUGCCUGGGGAGGGUGUCCCCGCUGACGGGAAACCCCUUUCGGGAUGGGGGCGUGCCGCUGCCCCCUACAGGCUGGAAGGCACAGCCGAGAGCCGCUGCUCCGCCAGCUCCCUGCGUCCCCAUCGGGAACUUGCGCCGCAUCAGUCUGAGCCGCACCAGCAGGCACGAGGUGAUGGAGAGGCGGGCCACACUGGAGAGGCGCCACCUGGACCCCGCGUUCGAGCCCUUCUCUGACUUCAGGUCCUGGAGCCCGGACCAGUCCAUGGCUAGCGACAUGUCCACCUCUUCGAUGUCUCCGCGACGCCUGUGCCAGGGCAUCACCAAGGCCGGGCAGCCAUGCAGGAAGAAGGCCGUUCCCGGACAGGAGUUUUGCCAUGUUCACGUAUCUGGACAAGUAUCCUACACCAGCUGAGCCUUGGGGCUCUCCCUCGAACCUGUGCAGCCGCUAGGUUAGUCUGGACCUUGGGUGGUUGGCCAGGGACCUGUGGACUCCUGGAGUGCAGCUGGGGCACCACCCCCGCGUCUCAGCAAUAGCCAUUCUGUGGCAUUAUUUUAAACACUGCCUUUGAUUUUAAUGUGUACGUCUGAAUGGAGGGACUACGUCUGCAGAGGGCCCGGCCGCCCCUGUCUGGCAGCUUUUCUAGGGUCUCAUGGGGCUUCUUUGAGAAAAGCCCCAUUUUAAAUAGACCACCCUGCUCUGUGAAUGUUCCAACGUGUCUCAAAUGCUUCACCCCAUGAAAACUGCAGGAGAUGAGGAGCUUCUACGUUCACACUGACUCAGGAGCCAGUGGACUCUGUUUACAAGUCAAGCUGGCUUUUCUAGUGGCCACAGCUGCCCAGCUCCAGCUGGGUUCUUCCGGCCUGCUCCACCUCUGCCAGCCCUUGAGACACUCAUCUGGGUUUAGCUGAGCCGGCAGCACAGACUGCAGCUCCCUCAGCACCAUUGGGACAAACCUCUUGUCAGUAAAGAUGCCUGGGGUAAGAAGGUGCCAUGUUGGUAGCCAAGUUUUAUAUGGAAAUCUGCUGUUUGCACAUUGGUUUAAUAAACAACGUUUAUCUACUGCUGGGAUUUCCGUGUCUGUCUCAAAAGAAACCUGAGAGUUCCUGGGCUGUGGACAGGGGCUCCAACCUCUGGCUACAUGGGGAUGGGGUUGUAUUAAUUUAGAUGAAAAUAACGUUGGACAGUCAGGGUCCUGACAACACUUAACAGUAUUAACCAAGGUGUGGGGUUUGGUAUACAGAGACCUCAGCCUGCUUCGCACCAUGGCAAACCCACCACUAACCAUCCUUUUAACUUUUUACUACAGAUCCAGAAGGAAAAACUGUUCAAGCGUUUGAAAUGUAAAACACAAAAUCAGGCUUUCGUUUUCACGCCAUCCCUUGUUCCCGCUCCGUUCGCUUGAGAGAGGUUUUAGAAGGAAGCAGCCCCCCACACUCCCUUUAGCAGUCUUUUAGAUGCUAUUAAAGAUGCAAAUAACUGUUCA